CGCUGAACGCGCCUCUUUGUGUGAGGCACGUGUGGAUGUUGUUCACGCGGACUGGCAAGCACGGGGAAGCGGCUCCUUGCAGUCGUUGAUGUCUUCCAUCCAAAGUAGGGCAUGCACAACACGUUGUGGACCAUGUGUGAAAAAUACCUUUGGUCAGUUUUAGAUGUUAGUGGCUCAGAGGUCCUCUUGUGCUGUUUGUGCCAUGUGUGGAUGCUGCUAAGGAAGGGCAGAAUUCAGAAGUGAUCCUCUUUUAAAGUUUAAAAAUCUCUGCCUGUGAUCCUCUCAUGUUCCAUCCUGUUGAAUAGAAACUGCGAGAGAAACAGAAGAUUGAGGGUGGAUUUAUGAAGGAAGACAUUGAGGGAUCUGCUGAAGAUGAGGCGACUGAAUCGGAAGAAGACCUUGAAUUUAGUGAAAGAGUUAGAUGCCUUUCCCAAAGUUCCUGAAAGCUACAUAGAGACCUCAGCAAGUGGAGGAACAGUUUCUCUCAUAGCAUUUACAACCAUGGCACUCUUAACCAUAAUGGAGUUUACGGUAUAUCGAGAUACCUGGAUGAAAUACGAAUAUGAAGUAGAUAAAGAUUUUACUAGUAAAUUAAGAAUCAAUAUAGACAUUACUGUUGCAAUGAAGUGCCAAUAUAUUGGCGCUGAUGUGCUGGAUUUGGCAGAAACAAUGGUUGCCUCUGCAGAUGGGUUAGUUUAUGAACCAGUAAUAUUUGAACUCAGUCCCUUGCAAAGAGAAUGGCAAAGGAUGCUGCAGAUGAUUCAGAGCAGACUGCAGGAAGAACAUUCGCUUCAAGACAUCAUCUUUAAAAGUGCUUUUAAAAGUGCUUCAACAGCGCUGCCACCAAGGGAGGACGGCUCGGUGCAGCCUCCAGAUGCGUGCAGAAUUCACGGGCACCUGUACGUUAACAAAGUCGCAGGGAACUUUCACAUAACUGUGGGCAAGGCAAUUCCUCAUCCAAGAGGCCACGCACAUUUGGCUGCCCUUGUGAGCCAUGAAUCAUACAACUUUUCCCACAGGAUAGAUCACUUGUCUUUUGGAGAGCUUAUUCCAGGGAUUAUUAAUCCUUUAGAUGGUACUGAAAAGAUUGCAUCAGAUCACAAUCAGAUGUUCCAGUACUUUAUCACAGUUGUGCCAACAAAACUUCACACACACAAAAUCUCAGCAGAAACACAUCAGUUUUCAGUGACAGAAAGGGAAAGAGUAAUUAACCAUGCAGCUGGGAGUCAUGGAGUGUCUGGGAUUUUCAUGAAAUAUGACAUCAGUUCCCUUAUGGUGACAGUGACUGAAGAACAUAUGCCCUUCUGGCAGUUUUUAGUGAGACUUUGCGGUAUCGUUGGAGGAAUCUUUUCUACUACAGGAAUUAUACAUGGCAUGGGAAGAUUUAUUGUGGAAAUUAUCUGCUGCCGUUUCAGAUUGGGAUCAUCAAAAUCUACGUCUGUCACACUUCAAGAUGGCCACCAGAACAACCAUGUACCUCUUAUGACAGAUGAUGCUAUGCAUUAGCACCUUCUUCAAAAACUGUUUUCCUUUAAGUCCAGUGGAGAAGACAUUUUUAUAACAAAACAUUGUGCAAUAUGUUAAGACAGUGCUGAUGGGCAGUGCAAAAAAAAAAAAAAAAUCAAGCCUUUUAAAAAAAACAAAAAACAAAUCCUAUUUGUGUGACUUGUCUAUGCUUUUUAAAAAUACAGAAAAAGGCUAAGAAGUUCUAUGAGAGCACUCUUACUUCUUGAAUCAGCAGGACCACUGUUUGGAUAUGACUGUAGUUCACAGUCGAAUUAAACUGUUUCACAGAAUGGACCACUGAAAUAUCAGGUAGCAUUCUGAGUGUUACAGGCUCCCACAGAAAUUAAUGCACGAAGGAAUGAAGUUGGAGGGAUAUGUAAGCAGGAAAACUUGCAGGACCAGCUUAGGACCAGAAGUUUCCUUGUCAUGGAAUAUAAGAUGUAUUUAUUUCUUUUCCUUUUACAUAUGUGAGCAUGUAAGUGCUAGAAAAAGAAUGUGGAAAUCCGGGAAAUGGAAAAAGGAUGCACAGAAAAUGAAAGCAGGCUAAAAUGUGCUACUGGAAACAUAGUUUGGAUGCAACUUUGUGCAUUAGCUGUUGGUUGUUUUAAACAAAUGUGGAAAAAAACCAGUUCUGGCAUGUAGCUUUUGUUUUUAAAGAGGUCUUGUCUCUUCUAGAAAGAGAGUGGACAGAGCACAGGGUCAUGUUGUAUGCAGGUAAUUUCAUGAAUUUUCUAUCAAUGUGGUAGUUGCAGCCCCUGGAGGCUCCUGAGGGCCAACAGCACAAGGAGCUGCUGGUGGUUGUUUACACCUGGGAAAUACAGCCAGGCUAGUGCACUGAACCCCAUGAGAAUGUAUAGGGAAGAGUAGACACAGGUGUCAAAUGUGUGUGCAUUUUAAUUUUCUGUAAGAUUUCACAAGCCAUAAUGGCAAAUAGAUCAGCUCUCCAUGUUGGAACAUCUCACCAUGGGUAGCCAGCCAUGAAGGGUUCUUGUGCCAUCUGAACUUGAUGGUAUGGGUUCAGCAGGGUGGCUUAUUUUUCACAAACACAUCACCCUGAGAAUCCAUGGCUUGUUUUAAAGUGCUGUUCUGCCAUAUGUCUUUGUCCAAAACCAUCUAUGUCCCAAUCAAAAAUCCAUUAGCUGUUGAAAUUAAUUUUCUGCAAAAAAGGGGAUGAUAUGUGCCUUUGAAUUCCCCAAGCACCUUGAGUUUCAAGAUAAAGUGCAGAAAGUGUUACCACUUGUCUACCAAGUGUUGGCAGACAAGGCCAAAAAGAAAAAGAAAAAAGAGGAAUUUGCUGGAAAAGGGGUAAAUCUCAGCUCCCCCUUUUGUAAGCAAAGGUCACUUGCACACUUGCUUUUCCUUGACAGCUUGGCUUUUGAUCGCUAUCAAGAAAAAGCCAAAUGCUGAAAAUCCCCUAUUUGGGUACAAUAACCAGGCUUGGUACCUGACAACCCAUCAGUGUCAAAGUGGGUUGCUGAUGUCAAACUGUAGAGUGAGGGUAGAUCACUGAAAAUCAGGCCAUCAGUCCUUCUUGGGGUAAUGAAUUCUGAAAAUGAUUAUGGUCUACAACCCCUUGCAGGCUGGGGCAUAAUGGGAAUUGUUAGUCAUUUUUCUGUUUGAACAUGCAUAGGAUUGCAAUUAAAGUGCAGUCUUUUGUUUGUA